AGUACCUGUGAAGAGUAAACAAUGGAUUCCUUGGACCAUAUGCUGACGGAUCCCCUGGAACUGGGUCCCUGUGGAGAUGGCAAUGGCACUCGCAUUAUGGAGGACUGCCUGCUGGGAGGGACCAGAGUUAGUCUGCCCGAGGACCUCUUGGAGGAUCCUGAGAUAUUCUUUGAUGUAGUCAGCCUGUCAACGUGGCAAGAAGUACUAAGUGACUCUCAGCGUGAAUACCUUCAGCAGUUCCUGCCUCACUUUCCUCAGGACAGUAUGGAGCAGCAAAACCAGCUUAUCCUCGCCCUGUUCAGUGGGGAGAACUUCCGCUUUGGAAACCCUCUGCACAUUGCCCAGAAGCUUUUCCGAGAUGGUCACUUUAACCCUGAGGUGGUCAAAUAUCGGCAGCUGUGCUUCAAGUCACAGUACAAGCGAUACCUCACCUCUCAGCAGCAGUAUUUCCAUCGGCUGUUGAAGCAGAUUCUUGCUUCCCGGAGUGAUCUGCUGGAGAUGGCCCGAAGGAGUGGCCCAGCCCUUCCCCUCCGGCAGAAGCGCCCUUCCCCAUCCCGCACCCCUGAGGAGCGGGAGUGGCGGACCCAGCAGCGCUAUUUGAAGGUUUUGAGGGAAGUGAAAGAGGAGUGUGGUGACACAGCUUUGUCAUCUGAUGAAGAAGCCACGUUGGAUUUACAAGAAAAAUUUUCUUUUGAAGAUCUCAGCUCUUGGCUUCCGAGCUCUCCAGCGCGUUCUCCUAGUCCUGCGGUGCCCCUCAGGGUGGUGCCCACACUUUCAACCAUGGAUAUGAAAACUGCAGAUAAAAUAGAACUGGGGGACAGUGACCUGAAGAUAAUGUUAAAGAAGCACCAUGAGAAGCGAAAACAUCAACCAGAUCAUCCGGACCUCUUGACAGCAGACCUGACUCUCAAUGAUAUCAUGACUCGAGUAAAUGCUGGCCGGAAGGGUUCUCUAGCAGCCCUAUAUGACUUGGCUGUCCUUAAGAAAAAGGUUAAGGAGAAAGAGGAGAAGAAGAAGAAGAGACUGAAAAUGGUUAAAUUGGAGGCAGAGGAGCUGGCCGAGCCCCUGAGCAGCACUGAGGGGAUUGCCCCUCUCUCGCAGGCCCCAUCUCCACUGGCGAUACCUGCUAUCAAGGAAGAGCCUCUUGAAGACCUCAAACCUUGCCUUGGAAUCAAUGAAAUAUCUUCCAGCUUCUUCUCUCUCCUGUUAGAAAUCUUGCUGCUGGAGGGUCAGGCUAGCCUUCCUAUGCUGGAGGAGCGAGUUCUGGAUUGGCAGUCAUCUCCAGCCAGCUCCCUCAAUAGCUGGUUCUCUGCAGCCCCCAACUGGGCAGAGCUAGUGCUUCCAGCUCUGCAGUAUCUUGCUGGAGAAAGCCGAGCUGUUCCUUCCAGUUUCUCUCCGUUUGUGGAAUUCAGAGAGAAAACCCAGCAGUGGAAGUUGCUUGGCCAAUCCCAAGAUAAUGAAAAGGAAUUAGCUGCUCUCUUCCAGCUGUGGCUAGAGACCAAAGACCAGACUUUCUGUAAGCAAGAAAAUGAAGACAGCUCAGACGCCACAACCCCUGUCCCUCGGGUAAGAACUGACUAUGUGGUGCGGCCCAGCACGGGAGAGGAGAAACGGGUUUUUCAGGAGCAGGAGCGCUACAGAUACAGCCAGCCCCAUAAGGCAUUUACCUUUCGCAUGCAUGGCUUUGAGUCUGUGGUGGGGCCGGUGAAGGGUGUGUUCGACAAGGAGACCUCCCUCAACAAAGCCCGAGAGCACUCUCUGCUGCGCUCGGACCGGCCCGCCUACGUCACCAUCCUGUCUCUUGUUCGAGAUGCUGCUGCUCGGCUGCCUAAUGGAGAAGGCACACGGGCAGAGAUCUGCGAAUUGCUCAAGGACUCCCAGUUUCUCGCGCCAGAUGUCACCAGCACUCAGGUGAAUACGGUGGUGAGUGGUGCCCUGGACCGGCUUCAUUAUGAGAAAGACCCGUGUGUGAAGUAUGACAUUGGGCGAAAGCUGUGGAUCUACCUGCAUCGUGACCGCAGCGAGGAAGAGUUUGAGCGGAUUCACCAGGCACAGGCAGCUGCAGCUAAAGCCAGGAAAGCCCUUCAGCAAAAACCCAAGCCCCCCUCCAAGGUGAAGUCCACUAGCAAGGAGACUUCAGUCAAGGUCCUCGGCAGUGGUCCUUCAGAGCAGAGCCAGCUGAGCCUCAGUGAUUCCAGCAUGCCCCCGACCCCUGUCACACCUGUGACCCCCACCACUCCAGCCUUGCCUGCUACCCCUAUCUCCCCUCCACCUGUCUCAGCGGUGAACAAAAGUGCCCCUAGUACCGCCUCAGAGCCAGCCAAGUCUAGCUCCAGUGUUCUCCUGGUGUCAUCACCGACAAUGCCCCAGCUAGGAACAAUGCUUUCCCCACCCUCCAGCCAGACUCCACCAACUUCUCAGGCCACUGCCCGGGUGGUGAGCCAGUCCGGCUCUGCGGGACUGCCCCAGGUGCGCGUGGUAGCCCCGUCCGGCCUUCCUGCUGUUACCCAGCAGUCUGCAGGGUCCACACAGACGCUGCCGCAGAUGCCAGCAGGACCUCAGAUCCGGGUUCCAGCCACUGCUGUGCAGACCAAGGUCGUGCCCCAGACGGUGAUGGCCACGGUCCCAGUCAAAGCCCAGGCCACCGCAGCCACCGUGCAGCGGCCUGGAGCUGGGCAGACGGGGCUCGCAGUGACAGGCGUCACUGCCACCGCCAGCCCUGUGAGCAAGCCAGCCACCAGUUCUCCGGGAAGCUCGACUCCAGGUUCUUCCACAGCAGCUGUCAUUCAGAACGUCCCAGGGCAGAACAUCAUCAAGCAGGUGGCAAUCACCGGGCAGCUUGGUGUCAAGCCCCAGACAGGCAACAACAUUCCUCUCGCGGCCACUAACUUCCGUAUCCAGGGCAAGGAUGUGCUGCGUCUGCCACCCUCUUCCAUCACCACAGAUGCCAAAGGCCAGACAGUCCUGCGAAUCACUCCGGACAUGAUGGCUACGUUGGCCAAGUCCCAGGUUACCACAGUCAAACUGACCCAGGACCUCUUUGGGACAGGAAGCAGUACAGCAGGCAAAGGCAUCUCCGCUACCUUACACGUCACCUCCAACCCAGUCCAUGCAGCUGAGAGCCCUGCCAAGGCCAGCUCGGCCAGCGCCCCUGCGUCCACUCCAGCAGGCACCACCGUGGUCAAGGUGACUCCUGACCUCAAGCCAGCAGAAGCCUCGGGUUCAGCUUUUCGCUUGAUGCCGGCCCUUGGUGUGAGCGUGGCUGACCAGAAGGGGAAGAGCACAGUGGUCUCCUCAGAAGGAAAGGCGGCCGCCACCAUCCGCAUCGUGCAGGGCCUGGGCAUGAUGCCCCCCAAAGCAGGCCAGACCAUCACAGUCGCAGCCCAGGCCAAGCAGGGGUCCUCAGUGGCGAGUGGGUCUGGAACUGUGCACGCUUCUGCGGUGUCCGUGCCCAGUAUGAAUGCGGCCGUGUCCAAGACUGUGGCAGUGGCGUCUGGGGCUGCAAGCACCCCUAUCAGCAUCGGGACGGGAGCCCCCACUGUGCGACAGGUCCCGGUUAGCACCACAGUUGUGUCCACAUCCCAGGCUGGCAAGCUGCCCACACGGAUCACAGUUCCACUUUCUGUGAUUAGCCAGCCUAUGAAGGGCAAAAACGUGGUCACAGCCCCCAUCAUCAAAGGCAACCUCGGAGCCAACAUCAGCGGGCUGGGCCGCAAUAUCAUCCUCACCACCAUGCCAGCGGGUACUAAGCUCAUUGCCGGCAAUAAGCCUGUUAGUUUCCUCACUGCCCAGCAGUUGCAGCAGCUUCAGCAGCAAGGUCAGGCCACACAGGUGCGGAUCCAGACUGUUCCAGCGUCCCAUCUCCAGCAGGGAACAGCUUCUGGUUCCUCCAAAGCAGUCUCCACUGUUGUUGUGACCACGGCCCCAUCUCCUAAGCAGGCACCUGAACAGCAGUGAUGUGAGAGAGAAAGAUGGCUUCCCAGAGAGACCACACCUGGUCUGUGCCUCUAGCAGAAAGGCGGGGGCAGGGAGGUUGCAUCAUAGUGGGAUGACGGCAGCAUGGCCUCAGUUCUGCAGCCACAGCCCAUAGCGCAGUACUCUGAGUGAGGGUCACGCCAGGGUUACAAGGUCAGCCCCGCACCGAUCCGGGAGGCGAUUCUGCGUCAGCUCUGUCCCACAAGCCCGAGUGUUCUCCUGCGAGUAGGACAUCUAGGGAAGGCUUACCAGUUACAGACUGUGCAGGCAGUGACUAAGCCUGUUCUGCAUGUAGAGUGUGCUUUUUAGUUUCUGGUCUUCUCCAUGACUAGUGGUCUGGAUAUGACUUUUGUGCCCAGAAAGUUUUAUGUAACUUUAUUUUUUUAAAGAACCUAUUGUACAUCUUUAUCAAAUAGACACUUGGGCUUUAGCCCCUCUAAACUGAUUACUUAUUCUUUUGACCAGAAUGAGAGAACAGCAAGGUUCUUAGUUAAGUUGGUGGCUGACUUACUAACUACAUAGUAGUUGAGAGGCUGUAAGACUGGACGGAACCAUAGAGAGUGAGGUGAAGGUGUGGAUUCCCUACAAUGGAAUUCGUUUGGUGCUGCUCUCACAAGGUGGGGUGUUGGGAUCUUGGCUGUGGUGCGUGUUUAGCUGCCGACUUCGUCCUCCUCACCAAGGCUGUCGUCGGUGCUCAGGUGCAGAGCCAGGUAGACAGAGUGGGGGAUGUGCAGCCGUGCUGCCUCUGCAGCCCAGACUUUGCUGCGGUUUGGAGGUCAUACAUUCUGUUUUGCCCUGGAGCUGUGGGCUAGCCACUGAAUUUUGUAAGUAAAGUUUUAUUAGAACACAGCCACGCCCAUUUGUUUACAUAUUAUCGGUGGCUGAUUUCAGAGUUACGACCGCAGAGUUGAGUAGUAGCUGUGAUGGAGACCAUAUGGCUCUGAAGCCUAAAAUCCUUACCUGGCCUGUGAGAAAAAGCUUGCUGACUCCUGGCCCAGUACAAAGGUGGCAGGAAGGAGUUAGGGGUGCUCAGGGGCAGGGCUCAGCCUGCUAGGUGGUGCCAGCCUCAGAAGAGGCCAGUCUGGAUUUGUGAGUCAUUUAGCCCUGGCUUGGCUGUUCCACACAUCCCUGCUCAGCCUCCACCAACAACAGGCAGCGCUCAGAGUGAUGUUGGAAAAU